CGACAAAAAAAAAGUAAACAUUGACUUAGCACGUGUUGUUAUAAAUUUAAAACCAUGCUCCGAAAACAAGCCAGACAGCGAAGAGAAUAUUUAUAUACUAAGGCGCGAGAUGAACGCGUUCAAGCAAAGAAGAAGCUUCAAGAAAGCAUUGAAAAUAAUAUAAAAACUAAUAAACCGGUCAGUUCUGCAAAUAUAACCAAAGGCUUCACUGUGUACAAUUCGCUGAAGUAUGAUAUUAAAGGCGGAGAAAACGCAGCUGUUAAUGAUGAGUAUACAUACGCUGGUUGUGAAGACCCAAAAAUCAUGUUAACCACAUCGCACGAUCCCUCAUCGCGAUUGAAAAUCUUUAUGAAAGAACUUCGCCUGAUUUUUCCCAAUGCCCAGCAGAUGAACAGAGGCAAAUACAAAUUGAGCACCCUGAUGCAUGCUUGCCGUGCCAACAAUGUGACGGACUUUAUAAUUGUACAUGAGCACCGUGGUGUACCGGAUGGCCUCGUAGUUUGUCACCUUCCCUAUGGACCCACUGCAUUUUUCAAUAUAUCUGAUGUUGUGAUGCGGCAUGAUAUUCCUGAUAUUGGCAAAAUGAGCGAGCAAAAGCCUCAUUUAAUAUUUAACAAUUUCAAGAGCACCAUUGGCUUAAGAACUGUCCAAAUACUGAAACACUUAUUUCCGGUGCCAAAGGAAAAUUCUCAAAGAGUAAUCACUUUCUUAAAUCACAAUGAUUCGAUUAUAUUCCGACACCAUCAAUAUAAAUACGUAAAUAGAGAAUUGGAGCUUAAAGAAGUUGGACCGAGAUUUCAAUUGAAGCUAUAUCAAAUUAAACUGGGAACAUUGGAGAAUAUUAAAGCAGCCGAUUCCGAAUGGGUUAAUCGUCCAUAUUUGAAUACAUCUGUAAAAAACAAAAUAUUUUCUAACGAUUCUGGCAUUCCAAAUAAGGAGUCGACGGAUUAAAAUAAAUUGUAAUAGUAUAUUUUUCAAAUUA